AUGACUGCUAACAAGUCAGAACCAAUAAUAAUCCUUGGCUCUGGGACAUGGGGAUUGUCAACGGCUCUCCAUCUCGUCAAUGAAGGGCACUCAAAUAUCACAGUCUUUGACAGGGCGUCCGAGAUACCUUCGAGGUACUCUGCUGGUUAUGACAUCAACAAGAUAGUACGACCAGAAUAUGAAGAUCCUUUCUACACAGACUUGGCGCUUAAAGCCAUUCAAGGUUGGAAGACGCCACUUUUCGGUCCAUACUUCCACAAGACAGGAUAUGUAGUGGCAACAUCAGGCCGGGCACCACAGAAAGCCAUCAAACAUCUAAAUGAAGCGCUUGCGUCAAUAAAAGACCAUCCGGUUUUCAAGUCGCAUAUCACACCCCUCAACAAGCCGCAAGACUUCAAAGAUCUCUUUUGGCAAUUCCGUGGGCCAGUGACUGGAUUUUCUGGAUAUCUGAACCGAUUUGCUGGAUACGCACAUUCUGCCAAUGCCAUGAAAGGCGUACAUCAUCACCUAGCUGGUCGAGGAGUUAAAUUUGUGCUUGGGCCAGAGAAUGGCAGGGUUACAAAGCUCGUUUAUGACACAAGUAAAGCACGACGAUGUGUUGGCGUCAGGACAGCUGACGGACAGGAGCACAAAGCGACCUUGAUCGUUUCGUGUCUUGGAGCGUACCAAGCAGAACUCAUCCCAGACGUUGGAAAGUUCAGCGUGGCCAAGUCAUGGUCAGUGGCUCAUGUUCAACUGACUGAAUCCGAAUGUGACUUGCUUCGAGGUAUACCUGUCAUCAACGUCAGAGAUCUAGGCUUCUUCUUCGAGCCAGAUCCUGCCACAAGAUUGCUGAAACUCUGCCCACUUGGAGCUGGGUAUAUCAACACAGACAAGAAGACUGGUAUCUCGUUACCACCAUUGAACAAUCUACCACCACCACAGGACUAUAUACCGGCUGAGGACGAGGCAAAGUUGAGGCAGCUGUUGAGGGAAACACUACCAUGGCUGGCUAAUCGACCUUUUGUAGAUCAGAAGAUCUGUUGGUUCGCCGAUACUGCAGACUCCGAGUUCUGCGUCGAUUUUGUGCCAGAUACAGAUCGUUCACUCAUCGUAUUGUCAGGAGAUUCAGGUCAUGGCUUCAAGAUGAUGCCAAUCGUUGGGUCUUGGGUGCUGGACUUGUUGAAGGAUGGCCAUCAGAAGAUGAAGAGGUGGCAGUGGAAAAAGCCUGAAGGUGAGAAUAUGGCAGCAUGGGGUGAUGCUGUAUCGUGGAGAAUUGGCACGACAAGGGAGAUUGGAGAUGUUGUACAGGAGCGUGAUCGUAUGAUUCGAGCUCGCUUGUGA